UACCGCUCGCUGAGACGCUGACGCACCCUGUGCCAGCCUCUCUGCCUCGCCAUCGCCGAUGCGGCUGCGCGACAUGUCACCAGGCUCUGCCACAGUGUGGUACGCGUUUCUCGUGAAUGCCAGCAUGAUGAGGCGAUCAGUGCUUGCCUCAACCACGGGUCGCCUGCAACCCGCGGCGUUCAUCGGUACGAUCGUGACGACCACAAGCAGGGCCGGUAGAGGAAGCCUCGCGUCGGACGGCCCGGCUAGCGGUGGGCGAAGAGCGACAACACGGGAGGUGUUCAUGGGUUUCCGCUCUCCCUGGUUCUCCUCGUCGAGGUCCACCGACAGCAGCGGGGUACAGAGACUCCAACCGUGGUGGCAGCGACAUCACCAUCGUCACCGCAACGAGUUUGCCACGAAGUCGCGGUUCGCGGCAACGCCGACCGCAGCAGCAGCAGCAGCAACAGGAGCCGAAAGAGAGAGCGGGAUCCCUCUACCUACAGCGGCGGGCGGUGGUGCUGUUGUCAAAGGUGACAGCGGCAGCGGCAGGAGCGACAAGUCGGCCACGCCAGCAGCAGCGAUGAAGGUGACGCUUCUAUCAGGGUUCCUAGGGGCUGGCAAGACGACGCUAAUGAGCAACGUGCUGCGGCAGGCGAGGGAGGAGAAGCUAUCGCUCGCUGUGAUCGUCAACGAUAUGGCGGACAUUAACGUCGAUGCUCAGCUCCUCACACUGGGGAAUGGAUUAGAUCAAGGAGACCUUGCGGCAGCAGGGGCGAGCGGGAGCGCGGUGGCGGGAGAGAGCAGCAGCGGGGUCACGUCGGUGGCGAUGCAGGACGGGUGCAUCUGCUGCACUCUCAAAGACGAACUCUUGCUCGAGGUGGGGGCCAUGGCCAAAGAGGGCAAGUACGACCACCUCAUCAUCGAAUCAACCGGGAUCUCGGACCCGGCGCCAGUGGCAGAGGCUCUCGUCGAGAGCGACUGCAGCACCAACGACACCGGUUACUUUUUCGACGGCGAGGACGACGAUGACGAUGACGACGAAGAGAGCACCGGGAGCGCGGCCCCUCUCGAAAGAGGAGAAUCGGAGGCAGUGGGCGGGGGGGGAGGAGAAGGUGGGAUGUAUUCCCUCGACACCCUGGUGACAGUGGUGGACUCGACGUCCUUCCUGGACGAAGUGCGGAAGGCGGACGACCUGGAGGAGAGAGGGCUGGAGUCGGGGGAGGGAGACACGAGAACUAUCGCUGACCUGCUGAUGUCUCAGGUGGAGUUCGCGAACGUGAUUCUCCUCAACAAGUCCGACCUCGCAACGGAGGAGGACAUGGCCGCCCUCGAGGGGCUCGUGCGGCGACUAAACCCGACCGCGCGCGUGGAGCGAACCGUGAGCUCCGCCGUCGGGCUCGCGGAGGUGCUGGGCACCGGGGAGUUCGACUUGGAAGAGGCGUCGAAGGCCGCCGGCUGGUUGCGGCUGGCCAAUGAACACUCACCAGCCUAG